GACACUUCUGAUCAAGCCGACUCUCGACUUCAGCGAUGGAAGCCUGCGGCUGCGUCAUCACCUCCCAGGACGAGCGCAAGGUCGUCGAGCGCUGCGGCAAGUUCGAAGACGUCCUCGACGCGGGCUUCUCCUGCGUGCUCCCUUGCCUCUGCCAGUUUGUCAAGGGGUCCAUCUCCACCCGCAUCCAGAUGCUCGAGAUCAACGCCGAUACGAAGACCAAGGACAACGUCUUUGUCGGGAUCAAGGUCGCCGUCCAGUACCAGGUCAACGGCGACAGCCAGUCCAUCCAAGACGCGAUGUACAAGCUCACCAACCCCCGCGCGCAGAUCGAGUCUUACGUGCUCGACGUCGUUCGGUCGUCGGUGCCCAAGAUCGACCUGGACAACGUCUUCCUCGAGAAGGAGGAGAUCGCCGCAUCCAUUAAGGAAAUGUUGGGCGAGACGAUGGGCCGCUUCGGCUACUCCAUCCUCGCCACGCCCGUCACCGACAUCGAGCCGAACCUGGAGGUCAAGCGCGCGAUGAACGAGAUCAACAAGGCGAAGCGGCUCCGCCAAGCCGCGGUCGACGAGGGCGAGGCGAUCAAGAUCCGCUCGAUCAAGGAGGCGGAGGCGGAGGCGGCGCGCACAGAGAUCCAGGCCAAGGCGGACGCGGAGGCCAAGUUCAUGCAGGGCCAGGGCAUCGCGCGGCAGCGGCAGGCGAUUGUGUCGGGACUGCGCGACUCGGUCAACUGCUUCAAGGCGGACGUGGCGGGCGUGGACUCGAAGCAGGUGAUGGAUUUGCUGCUCGUCACGCAGUACUUCGACAUGAUGAAGGACGUCGGCGGCAACUCGCGCUCCAACGCCGUCUUCAUGAACCACUCCCCCGGUGCGCUGCAGGACCUCACCCAGGCCAUCCAGGGCGGCUUCAUGUCCUCCCUCCCCGCCGCGCCAAGCUUUGCGCAGGCGCAACGCCACUAGGCAGGGGAAAGGCCCUAACUUGCGGGGGCGGCGAUGCCGGUCGCGUCGCGGACGUGUUGUACAUAGCGAGCGCCCCCCUUCGGAAUGGCGGUUCGCAUGGCAGAGACGGAUAGCUGCACUGGUUUUGUUCCUCCGACCCCCGGUGCGCGGUGGCAAACACCCGUUGCGUCUCUCUUGUACCUAGUACCUUCCUGGUUCCUCUGUAUGUGCUGGGCGGCUUCGUCGUUUCCGAGAAGAGACGUCGUUUUUUCUUUCGUUGCCAGUAGCACU